AUGGGAUGGGUCGGUGAUUCUCGUGGAAUUCUUUCCAGGCAAGGAAGGUAUUUGAGGGUUUCAGAAGACCACAAGCCUGAUCGUCCAGAUGAGCGCAAAGCCGUGGAAGCAAGGGGAGGGCAUGUCAUUUUCAGGGGAACUUACAGAGUUGCUGGCCCGACGGCUCUCGCUGUGAGCCGAGCUAUAGGCGAUAUUUUGAUGAAAGAGCCGAGGAAACUUGUCACUUCAGAUCCAGAGAUCAAGACCAUAGAGCUUCUACCACAAGACGAGUUUCUUGUCAUGGCGUCGGACGGACUUUUCGACGUUAUGCGAGACCAGUGUGUGAUUGAGACUGUAAGCAAGCACAUACGCGAGAACAAAAGUUGCAAAGGCGCCGCUGACAAGUUAACGGAGAUGGCGAUUGAGAAAGGAAGCUUGGACAAUGUCACUGCGCUAGUGGUGCAGUUCUUAUGGAGCUCUACGGAUGAUUGA